AUGUGGUUUCAUGGCUUCAGGAAUGCGGUUGUCACCGCUCUACUACUUGUGUUAUUGAUAGUAGUACACUCACCCAGGGCUCUUGGUUCUCCGCUUGAGCUUGCGUCGCGUCGCGACCGGCAGCCUGGUCAUGGCUUUCAUGACCUUGAGGAGGGCAAGCGGGGUGCAGUGGCUAGCGAGAGCGCCAUCUGCAGUCGGCAAGGGACAAGAAUGUUAGAACUGGGUGGAAACGCAGCCGAUGCUAUGGUUGCGACCGUCUUUUGUGUUGGCGUUAUUGGCAUGUAUCAUAGUGGGAUCGCAGGAGGUGGCUUCCUGCUAGUGAAAUCCCCAAAUGGUACGUACGAGUUUGUCGAUUUUCGUGAAACAGCGCCAGCCGCAGCUUUUGAGGACAUGUUCAACAAUACUUCGGACGCCUCAACUAAAGGUGGUCUAGCUAGCGGCGUGCCAGGUGAAUUGCGAGGCCUGGAGUAUCUCCAUAACAAAUACGGCGUUCUUCCCUGGUCAACCGUUAUGCGACCGGCUAUAAAAAUCGCCCGCAACGGCUUUCCCGUGACCGAAGACUUGGUUCGCUACAUGGACUCGGCUGUUGGUGAUGGAGAAGACUUUUUGUCGAAGGAUCCGACCUGGGCCAUUGACUUUGCCCCCAACGGGACAAGGCUUGGUCUUGGAGACAUCAUCACUCGUCAACGCUACGCAAACACACUCGAAACUAUUGCCAAUGAAGGUGCAGAUGCCUUCUAUUCCGGUCCAAUUGCAGAGAAAAUGAUCCAGGCGGUGCAAGCCACGAAUGGCACAAUGACACUGGACGACCUUCGCAAUUACACUGUUCUUCUCCGAGACGUGGAACAUAUUGACUAUCGAGGAUACAAGAUCGCAAGCACGACUGCUCCAUCCAGCGGCAUCGUCGCUUUGAAUAUAUUGAAAGUGCUAGGCACCUACGACCAGUUCUUCACUGUAAAUAAUGUGAAUCUGAGCACUCAUCGCUUGGACGAGGCAAUGCGUUUUGGAUACGGCCUGAGAACAAACCUAGGCGAUCCCCUUUUCCUCGAUGGCCUUGAUGAAUACCAGAAAGAUAUGCUGAAACAGUCAACGAUUGAUGAGAUACGCCACAAGUUAUCCGAUCUGCGCACACAGAAUGUGUCGGUCUACGAUCCUGAGGGAUAUGAGAGUCUUGAAACACCGGGAACUUCACACAUCGCUGCUGCAGAUCAUUCUGGAUUAGCCAUCUCCACGAUCACCACCAUCAAUCUACUUUUUGGUAGCAGAGUCAUGGUACCGGAAACCGGUGUCAUCAUGAACAAUGAAAUGGAUGACUUCUCGGUUCCUGGCUCAUCCAAUUCUUUUGGCUACAUUCCGUCGGAAGCGAACUACAUUCGACCUGGCAAACGCCCUCUAUCAUCCAUUACUCCCGCGAUUGUCACCCGCCCCAAUGGAACAGUGUUCUUCAUCGCUGGGUCCGCGGGUGGUAGUCGAAUCAUCACGGCGACUGUGCAAAACAUCAUUCAUGCCGUGGACGAGGGUUUGUCUGCCGCAGAGGCUUUGGCUAGACCACGUCUGCACGACCAGCUCGUUCCGAACCAGAGCAGCUUUGAGUAUGCCUAUGACAAUGCAACUGUUGCUUUCAUGAAAGCCAGAGGCCAUAACGUUACCUGGGUCGCGCCGGGUGGCAGCACUGCGCAGGCCAUUCGAGUAUUGCCGAAUGGAACAUUUGAUGCGGCUGGAGAACCGAGACAACUGAACUCAGGGGGGUUCUCGGUCUAA